GCUCUCUCCGCCUCUGGUGAAGGUGAAAGUCUCCUCCAGGCAGAGACUGAGACGCGCCAGCCUCGGCAAAGUCCUGCAAUGGCCCCCGGCGUAGAUUCCGUGUUUGCCACCGUCCCACAGGCCGUGCCAGUAGCCGUCUUCCAGCUCACGGCGGAUUUCCGCGCCGACGUCGACCCUCGCAAGGUCAACCUGGGAGUAGGAGCUUAUCGCACAGAUGAGGGGCAGCCUUGGGUCUUGCCAGUGGUCCGGAAAGUGGAGCAGAUGAUUGCCAAAGACACCAGUUUAAAUCAUGAGUAUCUUCCAAUCCUGGGCUUGCCAGAGUUCCGCGCCAAUUCCUCAAGAAUUGCCUUAGGAGAGGACAGUCCAGCCAUCAAGGAGAACAGGGUGGGGGGUGUCCAGUCUUUAGGAGGUACAGGGGCCCUGCGUAUUGGAGCAGAAUUCUUGAGACGCUGGUAUAAUGGAAACAACAACACAGCAACCCCUAUCUACAUUUCUUCUCCUUCCUGGGAGAACCAUAACUCUGUCUUCACGGAUGCUGGCUUCAAGGACAUCCGAACCUACCGUUAUUGGGAUGGUGCCAAGAGGGGGCUGGACAUCCAGGGAUUCCUGGAAGACUUGGAAAAGGCCCCAGAGUUCUCCAUCUUCAUCCUCCAUGCCUGUGCACAUAAUCCCACAGGCACGGACCCCACCCAGGAGCAGUGGAAACAAAUUGCUGCUGUUAUGAAGCGCCGGUUCCUGUUCCCAUUCUUUGACUCUGCCUAUCAAGGUUUUGCCUCUGGUAGUUUGGAUAAAGAUGCCUGGGCUGUGCGUUUCUUUGUUUCUGAAGGCUUCGAACUCUUCUGCGCACAAUCCUUCUCCAAAAACUUUGGGCUCUACAACGAACGGGUAGGAAACCUGACGGUUGUGGCAAAGGAUGCAGAUAAUGUGCAGCGUACCCUGUCCCAGAUGGAAAAGAUAGUCCGUACAACAUGGUCUAAUCCUCCAUCGCAGGGUGCCCGCAUUGUGGCUACUACACUCACUUCCCCAGAGCUGUUCACUGAAUGGAAAGGAAAUGUGAAGACAAUGGCAGAUCGGGUCUUGCUGAUGCGAGCAGAACUGAGGUCUCGGCUUGAGGCCCUGGGCACUCCAGGCACUUGGAAGCACAUCACAGAGCAGAUUGGCAUGUUCAGCUUCACUGGGCUCAACACUAAGCAAGUCCAGUACCUGAUCAAGGAAAAGCACAUCUACCUAAUGGCCAGUGGCCGCAUCAACAUGUGUGGCUUGACCACCAAGAACUUGGACUACGUUGCUAGCUCCAUCCACGAAGCAGUCACCAAGAUCCAGUAAGGCUGCAGCCAAAUAUUAUGUGCGUGUGUGUGUAACUUUCUCCUCUGUUUUACACUAAAAAGAAUUACCCAGGAGCAGCCACUGGAAGAUGCGAGUAUCAGAGUGUAAGGAGGAGUGAGGGUCGAGUGGAAAAUAGAUAUUGCACUCUCUGCUUAAACCUACAACUUUCUGAGGCUGGCCUUGGUUUAAAAAACAAACCCAAACUCCAAAACAGCAGAGUAAAGCUACAUACAACUGCAUGUAACAUCUAGUUUAGCCCCAAAACACAUAAGCAACCAUAUCCCUCCACUUUGUACAGUAUAUUUGCUCCCUGAGUUCACCUUCUUCAUUGCGGGAACUCAGAAAAUACUGUAAUAUGAUCAGGAACAGGUCUCUGGCCUUUAUUUGUGUAGGAGACAGAUUGCAUUCAGUGCAUGUGAGCUGUCCAUCUGCACAUAUUGUAUUCAUGGCUAUUAUUAAGUCUGGAUGACCAGCACAUGGCUUCUUCCACCUAUCUUUUCUGUAUUAUGUCCCUUUGCACUUUAUGUAACCAACCCUGCUGCGGCAAAACAGCAGUGUUUGUGGAAACAGAUACCAAAAUGGGUGUUCUGUUACUGGCGGCAUUGAUUGUUUCAGGGAGCAAGGCUGGAGCUGGUUCCCAUUUUCCAGUCUUGCAUGAGCAAAGAAUGUAACCGUAACUGUACCUUUUCUGUUAGUACAAUAAACAGUUAAA